CAUUUUGUCAAGUUCAGUUGCCUUGUGUUCCUAACUUUCCGUUUUCCUGCUUUAUACUUUUAAGCUUUAACUCCCAAACAAAGAAUUUUUGUAGUUCCCUUUUUUUUCUUUUCCCCUUUCUAUAAUCAAAAUGGCUGGGAAUUCUCCAUGUGCUUCAUGCAAGCUGCUGAGACGCAGGUGUACCAAGGACUGCAUCUUUGCUCCCUAUUUCCCUUCCAAUGAUCCUCAAAAGUUCGCCUUAGUUCACAAGGUUUUUGGUGCUAGCAAUGUUAGCAAAAUGCUUCAGGAACUUCCGGCUCACCAGAGAGGGGAUGCUGUGAGUAGUUUGGUGUAUGAAGCACAUGCAAGAGUUCGGGACCCGGUGUAUGGUUGUGUUGGAGCCAUAUCCCAUCUGCAAAACCAGGUUUCUGAGCUUCAAAUGCAGCUUGCAGUGGCUCAAGCAGAGAUACUCUGCAUCCAGAUGCAACAGGAGCCACUGAUGCCAAACCCAGAAAUGGAAGACCCAGAUCAGAAAUCUUACCUUCUCCAAAAUGAACUCCCUCAGUACCUCAACUAUGCCUCUUCUAGCAACGUAAUUUAUGAUUCUUUCUCAAGAGAGAGCAUUUUUGGACAUGACAUGGUUUCUUGAAUGCAAAUGCUUUUGAGUUCUUUGUCCCUUUUUACAAAUCAUUUAGACAGAAUCUUUAGUUUUUUUUUUGUAAAGCUUCCUUUUUAUUUAAUAAAUACUAACUAAUAAUAAAAAAUAUAUGUUAAAGAGU